AUUUGAACCGUUUGAAGCGCAAGCGUUUAAUGGGUACGUUGCAUAUGAAGUAAAUAUGUUUCUUAUGUGUUUGUAGAUCAUAUUCUUAGUAUCCAAUAAGCAGCUUUUUAAUUGAAGCCUAAUGUCUAAAAUAGUAAAUUUGAUGCUUGAUAUUUAAGAGUUCAUAAAUCUAGUGCCAGCUUUAUAGUGGUCGAAGCAAACAAAAAUGUGAAUUUAAAUGUUUUAUUAUUGCCAUUUAUUUUAUUUUAUCCACAAUAAUAAAUUGCCUCGAACCUCGAUAUUUCUAAACAUAUAUAAUCGCUGAUUGUGAGGAACUAUGUGGAAAGCUUUGCUGAAGUCAAUAUAGACUACGUCUUCAGGUAACAUUCGGUCUUUAUGAGCGCACCAACUUUCACGAGCCAAUAAUAAGUUAGUGAGACAGAAAUAACCGUGCUACUUCUCAGAAAAAAUCCGGUCUUAACCGAGAUACGUAAACAGCUUCCGAAUAAUCUUUUCUGAAAUUUUAACAAUCACACUGGCUAGGCUAACGGGUCGAUAGUUCUCACAUUUAUGUUUCGUAUCUGUUUUGAAGACAAGUGUUCUUAUGGCGUUCUUCCAGUCUUUUGGUGAUCGACCCUGGGUUACGGAUAGAUUGAAACCUAUACUUAGAGGGUUCACAACGAAGUUAGCUUGCUCCUAUAGUGAUCUAGGAUGCAUUUCACCGGGUCCCAUGGAUUUGCCUGUAUCAAGCUUAUUUAGCAGACCAAAGACAUCGAUUUCUUUAGUAGUCACAUUGUCCAGUGUGUGUGGGGGGUUUGUAUGAACUGUCAGAAAGGGUGUCUCCGCGGUAUAUACGUUGCUAAAGUAGUGUGAUAAUGCUCGAGUCUUACUAUAAUCGUCCACUAAUGAUGAAUUAUUACUGUUUCCCCGUAGUGCUGGAGUAUUUCCUCAUCUUUUAGUCCUUUGGUUUAUGUACGAGUACAAGCGUUUUGGGAAUUCUAUGGAUUCUUUAACAAUUUUUUCUUCUGACAACCUUCUAGACUCACAGAGGGUCGAAGCACAAAUAUUUAUAGCUUCUCGAUAUUAAGAUUUUGUCUCAUCAGUACCCAGUAACCUAAAUCUCCCCCACAUUCUUCUCGUAUGGGGAAGGGUGCGAACCUCCAUGCUGAAGAGUUACUCGGACCCCUGGGUGUAGUCCAUGGGAUAUGUAGAGCACUAACUUUUCCGUACGUUUUGAAACCAAGACAAUAAACCUAUAUUUCAUCUGAGCAUAUUUUUUACCAAAUAGUUCAACUGAAUUACUACCGAGAAACUCAGAACACAGUGUUACAACUUACUAAGUGAUGAAUAUAGCCAAACACAAGACAUGAAGUCUCUGACUACUCAUCAGAGUCGUAUACAGAGUUACUGAUUUUCCAAUUGCGGUUUGUGCGAUAAUUGUUAUCUGUGGCUAAAGAUAUCAGGCGAUAUGGAUUAAGUUGGACCGUAACAAAGCGACCAUUUCAUCCCGUCUUCUAGAGUUAAACACCGGUAGCAUACCAGUAUUUUCAUUUCUCAACCUCCUUCGUUUCUUUGGAACUACAUAUUUUUUCGUGUCUAGUUUUCCGCUUCAAAUAAUAUUACUACUUCCACUCAUUUGUUUUUCAUCCUGUUAGUUUCCGUUUUUUCUGAUAUAAAUUGCAGCAUUUUGGGUCAACAUGUUUGCGUUAGGUUUCGGGUUUUGUAGAAUAAACAUUGGUUAGCAAUUUGCACUCAAGUUGUUAAAAAAGUAUCCCUAAAUUAGGAAUGACAAAUUCUGAAUUUGAACAUUAUCCCACUUGUUAAGGUACGAAUUAGUCAGCGUAGUUGAUUGUCUACAAAUUCCUUUUAAGACCCGCAUUUCAAUUAAUUUACUACAUCCUCACUGUGCUGUUCACAUAUUGUAUUCCUUUGCCAAUGUUUCAGCUGAAAAAUUAUGCGAUUUAGUUAUAAUAAAAUUGUCGGGCAGUUAUCCUACAGAUAUUUUAUGAGUGACUAGCAGUUAGAUCUUACUUAUUGGUUGAUUUAAUUUACUGUGAAGAAGUGGCCUUCGUUUAGUCACGAAACGUCAGAAAUUCAAAUUCACACUCACUAGGUAUGACAAAUAUAUCAUUAUCUCCAAGGAAGGGCAAGAGGUUGGCCGUAUUAUUUUUGGACACAAAGUUAAGGACUGAAUCAGUGGAUCGUCAACGCCUCAGGGGUACACAGGUUCUUGAUUUGAUCUCUUGUUGAUCCACUUCUUUUGACUGUAUAGAUUUAUUUAAAGGUCGAAUUCUUUGGAGUUAGUCAGGUGUUCUUGUAUUGAGCUAGUGAUAGCUUUUCAUUACCCUUCUAAGAGCCAUACCGUGUAAUGUUCUGAGACGCGUUUGGAAAGUUUUUGAGUUGUGCAUACAUUGUAACCUGCCCCAGCGGCAGUCCAAAAGAAACCUCUCUUUAGGCAUGCCAAACUUAAAGGAUAUACGGCUGCUGAGAUCUGGAAUAAACAGAUCUCAAAAUCCUUGAAGAAAACCUAGGCUAAGCUUUGUAAUAUGAUUAUUUUAUUAUUGACUAACAGAUUUUCGUUCGGAAAUUCCUGCCAAUAGUUUAUAACCAUAAUGUUGUAGCCUCCUUUACGGAAUAAUAAUUUAAUCCUUGUUACAGUUAUUAAGCCAUCACUUAAUUUUGCCGUACGUUUAUAUCUAGACUAACACAAUAUAUAAGUCAUCGAUAAGUAUAGUCGUGGGUUUUAUUCAGAAUUUCAAAGAAUCAGAAUAUUUUCGUUUAAAAAUGUAUAUUGACUUGAACAGCUAACUAAGCCAACCAUUCUAGAUGGUUCAUAAAACGUCGUUACUAUUGACUUAUAUGACGGUCGUUCACUGUUACAGUAAGACGUAAAUCUUGGGCAAAUGGUUGCAGUGCAUCCGUAAGAAGACUAUUGGUGUGAUGUGUUAUUGGGUCUCGGCCGGUAGUCACAUGCUGUCAAAAGUGAUUCUAAAAGCAAAUCGUUCUUUUCUGUCAUUGGAUCUCAAAUUUUUGAUCGCAUAAUAUUUCAGAUUUUUGUAGCCAUUGAAAUUUAAUAUCUUAAUAAUACCUAUUUUUUGCAUAGUUUAAUGUCGGGUCAGCUGUCGAAAUCAUGCACAAUCAUGCAGGAUCCCGUCUCAAACCCAAAUAUUGAAGAGGCCACUUAUGAUAGUGACAAAAAUUCUCAUGGAAGAUGUACUUCAUCAUUAUAUGAAGAUGAUGUAAAAGUUAUGGAAGUGAAGGAAAAAAACCUGGCCUCAUCAUAUCAAGAUUCUGAGUACACGCGAUCUUCUGAUGGUUCACAAUAUUCAGUUGGACGUAGUAAGGAUAGUCAUAUGGAAAAUAUUUCACCUUCCGAUAUCUUAUCAAAUAAUCAGGCGAAUGGAGUCCGUUGGCGUCAUUGUGUAAACAAUGGUCAAGAGAUGUACAUUAACGAAGCAACUAAUGAGAAAUGGGUUCCAGCAACUGAUCAAUAUGGAAAAACAUAUUAUUAUGAACUAAACACUCGUCAUUCCGUAUGGGCACUUGAAGAUCUAGAAACAUCACCUACAGACGCGCCACAUUCGUCCGACUCAUUGAAUAAUUAUUUAGAUAUUAAUGAACCGAAUGCUCCCAAGGAAGCUUUUGACUGUUCAGUAUUUGAAGAUGAAAAUAAUGGUUCUUAUGUUGAUCAGUAUCCAUCUGUAUCUAGAAUGUCAAGUAUCAGUAAAGUUAAUCGGAGAACAAUGAGUCAAUCUAAAGUGUCUCAUCGAAGUUCACAUAUACCUUCUGAAGUUUGUUCAACACAAGUUAUCAAUCGACCUUUCAGCUUAGUCAGUCUUGAUGAUCAAGAUCAAGGAGCAGGUGGACGUUUUCAGAUAAAGAAUGUAAGCAAAGAACAUAUCAGUGGACCAAGUGAAAAUAAACUUACGCACUUUGAACGACGUGGUGCAGUUAUUCGUACAAUGUUAAUUGAAAAUGGCAAACGUAUAUCAAAGAAAUGGAUACCAGGUGUAUUACAUCUUAGUGGUCCAUUACUUUUUUUAUACAAAGAUAAUAAGCCUUCGUUACCUAAAAUACAUCAACCACUUGGUAAACCUGAUGUUCAAUUCAACAUUAGAGAGGUAAAGGUUAGCGAAGCAAACGGUGAACAAACAUCAAGAAAGAAUGUGCUCAAAAUUGAAUGUGAAACUGCUGGAAAGUUGAACGUUCAUUUAGUACAAAUCCCAGCCAUCGAUUAUGAAUCGUGGAAAGCUGCAAUACGAUAUGCGAAGGAUCUUUUGAAUGAAGAUCAUGGAGUCACGUUAGGACGUUCAUUAACCAGAUAUGAUUCGGGACAACCUUCUGUGCUCGAUAAAAAAUUGUUGGUUAAAUUGCGUGAUUUUUUUAGAACAAGACCAACUGCUGCAUCCCUACGAUCUCGCGGUAUUUUAAAGAAUGAAUCUGUAUUUGCAUCUACAAUCAUGCAAAUAUGUGAGAAUGAAGAUUCUGAUGUACCUAAUUUUAUUGUUCGUGCAAUUCGUGCUAUUGAAGCUCGAGGACUUGAUCAUGUUGGGAUUUAUCGAUCAAGCGGAAAUGGUGCUACAAUCCAAAAACUUCGCUGUGCCGUUAAUCAAUAUAACUACAGUUUAAAUUCUGAAAAAUGGAGUUUAGAAGUAUUAACAGGGGCAUUAAAAUUAUUUUUUCGUGAACUUAAAGAACCACUUAUAACAUUCAAAAUAUAUCCAGAAGUUGAUCAACUAUUGGGUAAAUAAAUUAUUCAAUAAAUAUUAAUAAUACAGUAAAUAAUGUUUGCUAGUUUUUUGUAACAGAGAAAAUUUUUUUCUCAUUAUCCUUUUUUUAUCGUUAUUGAAAUAACUUGAAAUCUGUGUUGUAUAGUUUGAAAUGAUUUACUUUGUUUUAAUGGUUUUAUUGUACUGCGUUUGUGUAAUUUUGUUGUAUUUUUAAAAAAAGAUCAGUUCCUUGAUUUGUAUUAGCGUCUGUGUGAUCGGACCGUCUAUAAUAGGAGGAGGAGUAUUAUCUAGUUUGAAUAUUGACUUCUUUACGUAUAUGGCCUAUGGAACUGAUGACCUUUUUUUCAUAACAAUGAACAACUUCUUAAGCCUUAAUGCUGAUUGGUCCUUGAACUCUUUGCAAUUCAGUUUACAAUCAAAAGAUAAGGACAACAAACAGAUUAAUUCUCAUUUUUACUCUAUUCAUUUAUGACUCAAAACUCAUAGAAUACUUUACCUCGAAUACCUGCUCGGGUAGUACAAUAAUAAGAGAUUACAAUGUAUACUCAACCAUAAGUGGUACAAAAUUGAGCAGUAAAAAAAUUAAUAAUUAGUGGAAAAUCUGAAACAGUAAGACGUAAAAAAAUAGUUUGUGUGUCGAGAGAAAAUGUACAAAUAUGAGAUAAUAAUACAAUACCCCAAACGUCUAAUAGUUCUGCAAUAGAAAUACUAACAAUAAUUUCCAGUAGAAUGUUUCCGGAAUAAAAACUACGCUCAAAUCCUUUUCGGAAUAACCAGUUUGGACGUGAUUCUCAUCUUAAAUAGACACAAGUUCUAGUGCAUUAGGUUUCCAGAUGAAAUGUCAUGUGACAGUUAAACUUUGUUCUUCUUAGGUUUGCCGAAGCCAUAGUCACAAAUGUCUCAAGUUACGUUUGUGUAUUCAAAGGGAAACAGUGGCUUGUCUUUCCUUGUCAUCGUGAUGUUAUCAUCAAUAUAAUACAUCAUUCUCACAACUCUCCCUUAUUUUUAUUGCACCUUUAAUUUCAAAUUCAUGACUUUAUUUUCAACUGACUAGUCUCAACUCAACUCAUAUUAUUCUUAAUUACUACUAAUUUGUGUCUUCAUAGCAUAAACAGUUAAUUGUUUUAGCUCUGUAACCUCUGUAAAUCCAUUAUCUUCUUUCAAAUAUUAUGUUUAUUUACAACACACUACAUCUUCAAUAUUAUUGCACUUUUUCGAAUCUCCUCUCCACGGUAAUGCUACAUAUCUACAUCUAACCAAUAUCACUGUGUUCAGUAUGUUAACUUUGUGACAAUUUUUGAAAGCAAUUAAAGGAACGUUGCUACUGAUCAUAUUAUUUUAUCUAGCUACUGAAACGACUAUGAAUAGGUUAUUUAAUUGCUAAUGAGUGGUGAAUUUACUUAGCUUUCUGUAAUUACAUGCUAAUUCCUUCCUAAAUGGAUAAUUUCGGUGACAUUUUUCUUAUUCAUAUUCCCGCUAUGAACUUUGGUGUUAACUGAUUGUUUGUUAUCGCUCUUAGUUUGCUAGCUUCGUUAUGUUCCCCGAGGUCAUUGUAUAUUACUUUCUAGGCAUAGUUGUUCCUUGUCAAUUGUCAACUUCUGUUCGGAAUACAAAGCUAUCCUGAAAGUCUCAUUUUCUCUAUCUCAUGUUAGCUUGCGGUUAUUAAAGAUGACCUAUUGUUUUCGACGUUCAGUAUGUCGAAAUUCAUAUUCGUUCUUGUUCGUCUUAGAAGACUCGUAGUUGCUCAUAAAAUAGGAUUUACUGUUGGCCGUCUGGAAACCUCCAAUUCAUAAUCGCUUUUAUGGAUAUAUAUACUGUUUACUUUGUUAUUAGUUUAUAUCACUGUAUCAUACAACAUUUUGUAUAAUCUAUAAUUAUGGAUCGUUCUUGAAUUGAAUUUCCUUUUAUUCAAUAUAUAGGUGAUAAUAAUAUAGCGCCAGAUUUAAAAGUGAUUAGAAUGCGAGAAUUGAUCAAUUCUAUGCCUGUCCCACAUAUCGACACAUCUCGAAUAUUUUUUCAUCAUUUGUACAGGUAAGAUGGUGAAAUAAGUUAAGUUUUACUACGAAAGAAUUACGUUUUUUCAAAGGAAUUCUCAAUAUAGUACAAACGUGAAAAUCGAUUGUGAUUUAGGAUUAUAUAUUAUAUAUAUACCAACACAGCUUAUCUACUUUCUUCAAGCUUUUCCCAAAUUCUUGUCUUUUCUCUCUCACUCCUCAAUCACAUGAUAUUUCCAUGCCCAGAUCCCUACCGUAUUAGGAGACAUCUUCCAAACGUUCUUAAUUCGGAAUAGUCUCUCAAAACAGAACUGUAAACAAUCGACAUAGACCAAGGUCUUUUUGUAGUUGCCACUAUAUCAGCAAGAGCCUAUCUGCAAACUUAAGAGAACUAGUGCAACAAUAGGAUACUGACCCAUGACACGCAUCAUCAGUUAUAGUUGUUAGCAUCCAGCUAUGCAAGCCGCCAUUGAUAUCCCAUACGCAUGUGACCGACCACUUGUAAUGUUAUGUAUUCCUGUUGUGUGGUGUUGCGUUCUUAAAGCAAGGAAAAACGAAUGCACUACCACAUCUGCGAAUAAUUUCGAACCAUAUGAAAUAACAGUAUUCAUCUAGAAGUUCGAUUCACAAUUAAUAACUUUUUGUACAUUGCUUGGACAUAGAACUCUGUAGGUUUUAAUUCAUCCUCAUGAAACCACUCAGUCAAAAAUUGCUUGUGCCACUACCGAAUGAAAUUCACUCCAAAUGUUUCUUUGUCGUCGUCACGUUAUUUCCUUAAAAUCAAGGAUAUCAAGAUUUCCAGAUGAUUCAAACAUCCACAAAUUGAAUUGUAAACAUAUAACUUCAGGUGAAUUAAGUCAACAGGAAUAAGUGUUUCAUGCAUUUUUCAAAACAAUACACAUUCUAAAAAGGAUUUUAAAGAUUCCAGCUGGUGAAAGUUAAAGUAUCAACUUCAAAAGUUGUUACAUGGUAUUUGGAGAUCAAGAACACUAUUUCAGACUGACCAGUUAUAUCUCAUCCAUAUGAAGUGAGAGUUGAAGAGAUCUUAGGGAUGAGUGAAGUCAAAGAGAAAAUCGAUAAGUUUGAGUACAUUAUUGGUGACUUGGAGAUUAUUCCAUUGUAUUUUAAUCGAAGCUCUUUAACUACUCAUACUAGAAUAGUGUCUUAUCGAUAUACUGACAGAGGAAAUAAGGUAACAUUGAUUUAUUUAGUUCUUGGUAAUAACGCGUAUAAACAUAGAAUCCUUUAUUUACAUUAAAAGUUGAGGGUUGUUCAAAUAAGCUUGCACAUAACUUUCUUAAAAUCUGUUUUCAAUAAACUUCAUUUCUUUGUAUUGUACUUUUUCAUUUAUUAGAGUAAUGCAAUUGUCCAGUAUCAACCAAAUGCAUUCUUACAAUUUGGCUAUUGUUUUCGGACCUAGUUUAAUUUGGCCAGAAGUAGAGUCUGUCGCAUAUAGAGCACUUAAGUCUGUACAGGUCCCAUGUAUAGAAUAUUUGCUUACACAUGUAGAGGAAAUAUUCGGACCAGUAACCCCACCGCCAGUUAUUUCAUAAAUCCAUACAUGGAAAUAAAUACUGUUUCUAAUAUUUUAUAUGAAUAAUAGGUUAAGUCCAACCAUUUUUUAAAUACAAACACAACGCAUUGCUCAAAAUCUACUUGUUUGUCUCCGAUCCAAUUAUCAUUAUCAGCUUUAGAGUUAUCAUCAAAUAUUUUUGAUCGCUUAUAAUGUUUUUCAAGUCCAUAUUGUCACAACACAUGUAUAGUGUGUAAUCUUUUGCCUUUUUUUUUUUUAAAAAACGCACCGAGUAGUAAUUUUGCAAUUCUAUAUAUUGUAACUUUCCUUAAAUUUAUUUGCUUUCUAGUAAGCACUUUUGUUUGCAAUAAACAUCACUUUAUACUUGCUAAAAUAAUUGCAAAAAUGUGAUACAAAAUAACACUCAGCACUGUAAAUUUCUCUUGUUUUCUACUACAUUGUUAGGGUUUGAAUGAUUUCAACGAAUAUCUUCUGUCCAUAGUUUUCGUUUUGUUUAAAUUGAUUCAUUUGUUUUACUAGUCAUUUUAACAAUUUUUAUAGUGUUCUUGUUAUAGUUGGUGAGGCAGGAUUUCAGAUUGAAAUCAAUAGGUAAAAUGUUAAACGAUAGGUGAACAGAACGAUAUGAUGUGGUUAAGUGAUAGCCACUCACAAGACUGUAUUAUUGACUUAAUUCCAUGAAUAGUUAGAAAUCAGAAACAAGACCACUAAGCAGAUGUAGUGAAACAUGUUCAUAUACAACACAAGGUAAACAUGGUGAAAUGUCAGGCGAUUUGGAAAAAAUAGUUUGGUUAGGUCACCUAUUCUUCAAUUAGUUGAAAGUUUGGCCUCAUUCCUGGGCUUUGCAUCAGACCUUGUUCAAAGUAAUUUCCGUUUUUCUCUUACGCCAAUUGUACUAGUUACCGAUAGAACACAGUGCUUGUGUAUUUCAGAAAUAUUAAACUAUUAGUUAGGCGUAAGUUGUAAAUUCGCGCAUCAUAUCGCCUAUUUCGGUUUGACCAAACGGGUGUGGCCAGAAUCCGAAUAAUUUAACCUUAUAUUUGGCGAAUGAAUUAUAUUUACAAACACUAAAUAAUCUAAAUACUGUUUAGAAAAGAAUUCACUUUGAAAGAACUAGAUCAAUUU